CUUCGCUCAUUCAAGAUCGCAUUGUCCGAGCCAAUUUAUACAUGUUUGUGCUACAAACAAAUCUGUGUGGCACCCUGCUUGCUGUAUAACAGAUCAAAGGAAGCGGAAAACCAGAGAAGAAAACAGACGCAAAAGAUUCCAACUUUGUGUUUGUUUGCAGUUUUGAAAGAGGAGGCAGCCAGCACCAUGGAACUGCCUACAAGAAUCAUACCCAAUCCACACCUGUUGCAGAGUGAUGAUCUGCUCAAGGUACUCACUCGCCUGCUGCAAUCUCUGCGUGCAGCAGUGUAUUAGAUUUAACUGGAUGAUCAACUUGGAGUGGCUUGUUGCUGUAUAUCAUGGAGACUACUGUGUACCCAAGAGAGCCACAAGUCCUCAAGGAGCUUAGAGAUGCAACUGCCAAAGAUCCCCGAAGGUCACCAAUGGCUGCUGAUCCACACGCUUCACAGUUCAUGACCAUGCUUCUGAAGAUGAUGAAUCCAAAGAGAACCAUUGAGAUCGGAGUCUACACUGGCUACUCCCUCCUCGCCACUGCCAUUUCCACUCCUCCUGAUGCCAAGAUCACAGCAAUAGAUCCAGUGCGAUCAUGGUACGAAAUCGGGCUGCCCUUUAUCAUCAAAGCAGGAAUUGAAGACAAGAUCGACUUCAUUCAAUCUCAAGCUCUCCCAAUCCUCGAUAACCUCCUCCUAGUACGAAAAGAAGCGAAUGAAGGUAGCUACGACUUCGCCUACGUGGAUGCUGACAAGCUCAACUACUGGAACUACCACGAGAGGCUGAUGAAGCUGGUGAAGGUUGGAGGGAUCAUUGCCUAUGAUAACACCCUCUGGGGAGGCAGCGUCGCUGCAGAUUCCGCCACCGUGGGGCAUAAAGGUGGCGCCGUCACGCAAUCCACGAUCCAGUUCAACAAAUCGAUCGCCGCGGAUCCACGUGUCGACAUCUCGCUCGCUCCACUUGGCGACGGGAUCACCGUUUGUCGGAGGAUCUAUUGAACUUUGGAUGGCUGGUUCCAUCUAUAAAAAUGUCGUUGGGUUUCAGCAUUGUUAUGUUAUGUUAUGUAUACUACUACUCUUUGCCUACUUCAUUUAGACAUUUACUGCACAAUAAAUUAAGUUCAAAAUAAAGAAGUCCUCUGGCUUUUUACUCUAUUUUUUUUUUUAAGUUGGAAGUGAAAGUGGAAAGAAGGAAUUGUGUUUGGCAAGUGCUCCAACAAUAAGUUGAAGGUAAUGUUUGAGAUGUUCAUGAUGAUAAAGAAAUUAAGAAAGGU